AUGGGCUCUCGAGUCGUCUCGUGUUCCCGCGAGGCCGUGACUGGUUGGCCAUGCCGCAGGUAUAAGCUGGAAUGUCAACACGGGCCGUUCCGGUGGGUGAUCCGGCGCCGCUACAAGCACUUCAGCAGCCUGCACAAGUCGCUGAGGCUCUUCCGCACGGCCAUGCGACUGCCGUUCCCCACGCGGCACCACAAGCUGCGCCGCAAGACCUACAUGCAGGGCAACAAGGCCAAGGAUCAGCCGGCAAUCCCCAGGAUGCCGAAGCGCGGCGACUCGAUGCUGACCGAGGACGAGCUGCCCGAGCGCAUGAAGCAGCUGGAGGAGUACAUUAACGCCGUGCUGCGCUCGCGGCUCUACCGCAACCACCACGACACGCUGGAGUUCCUGGAGGUGUCCCAGUGGUCGUUCGUGCACGAGCUCGGCAUCAAGGGCAAGGAGGGCCUAGUGCGCAAGCGAGUCGGCAGCAAGCAGGGCAACCGCGGCCCCGUCUACUGCGGCCUCUGCUUCAAGUGCCGCAAGUGCGCGGCCAACUGCUUCACGCUCUGGCGGAAGCGCUGGCUGAUGAUCAAGGACACGUACGUGGCGUACGUGCGGCCCCGCGACGGCUCGCUCCACUCGGUGAUGCUGAUGGAUAGCGGCUGGGACGUGAACCGUGGCAUCCUGGGCUCGGACACGGCCAAGUCGCUGACCAUCGUCAACUCCAGCCGCAACCUGCUCGUCUCCUGCUGGACCAAGCGCAAGGCCAAGGAGUGGAUGGACGCGCUGAAGCUCUCCUACGAGAAUUACGGCAAGGAGUUCGUCGAGGCGAACCGCUCUCGCUGGUACGUGGACGGCAGCACGUACUUCCGCGACGUGGCCGACACGCUGGAGGCGGCUCGUGAGGAGAUCUUCAUCACCGACUGGUGGCUCAGCCCGGAGAUCUUCCUCAAGCGGCAGGCGCUCGACUCCGAGUACUGGCGGCUCGACCAGGUCCUGCUCAGGAAGGCGAAACAAGGCAUUAAGGUGUACGUGAUGCUGUACAAAGAGGUGGAGAUGGCGCUGGGCAUCAACAGCUUCUACAGCAAGCAGAAGCUGAUGCAGCACGACAACAUCAAGGUGAUGCGUCACCCGGAUCACGCCAGCUCGGCCGUGCUGGUUUGGGCCCACCACGAGAAGCGGGUGGUGGUGGACCAGAACUAUGCCUUCGUGGGCGGCAUCGACCUUUGCUACGGCCGCUGGGACGACUUCUUCCAUCGGCUGACCGACCUGGGCAGCGUGGCGGACCUGGAGCGGGCCGGCCACUUCCAGGCGCCGGUCACCUCCAGCACGCCGGCCGGCUCUCAGCUGCCACACACGCUGCUGGCGCUGGCGCAGGGCACCAACAUGGUCACAAUCGGCACUGUCACCAACGCCGAGCAGGCCAAAGAGCUCCCUGUGGAGAUGCAACCGCACGUCAUGUCCGGAGAUGUGGUGGACGCGGCGCUGGCCCCAGGAUGCAGCGAUGCGGAGGGUGAGGACGGCCCGGCCGCCGCCGCCGAGGAGGCCGUGGUGGCCGAGAAGGCGCCGCAGGCACAGGCGGCUCCAGUCACCGCAGCCGUGGUCGCCGCCGAGGCCGGCAUGCUCGACGACGGCGGCAGACCACAGACACUGUGGUUCGGCAAGGACUACACCAAACUUCAUCGUCAGGACUUCAGCGCGCUGGACGCCCCGUUCAUGGACCAGAUCGACCGCCGCUCAGUGCCCAGGAUGCCCUGGCACGACAUCUCCACGGGCGUGGUGGGCUCGGCUGCGCGCGACGUGGCGCGCCACUUCAUCCAGCGCUGGAACGCUGUCAAGGUGGAGAAGCUGCGCUCUUCAACAUGGACUACGAGUUCCUGCUGCCCAAGGGCUACCAGACGUGCGACUCCAUACCGGAGGGUGCUCUCGACGCCCAGCUACAAGACAAGUAUCGUGCGAAGCGCCUCACAGUGGUCGGCCGGCAUCAAGGACACGGAGGACUCGAUCCAGCAGGCGUACGUCGACCUGAUCAGCCGCGCGCGACACUACAUCUACAUCGAGAACCAGUUCUUCAUCUCGCUCUGCGGCAUCAACGCCGACGUCAGCAACCGCGUGUGUGAGGCGCUCUUCCAGCGCAUCCUGCGUGCGCACAAUCGUCAAGAGAAGGACGGCUCCAAGUUCCGCGUGUUCGUCCAUCGUGCCCGCCGCUGCUUGCCGGGCUUCGAGGGCCCAGGUUGGGCACGGGGCCAGUUCAGCCUGCUGAAGCGGCUGCAGGACCGCGGCGUGAACGACCCGACCGAGUUCGUGAGUUUCCACGGCCUGCGCACCCACUCGGAGCUGGGCGGCAAGCCGGUCACCGAGCUCAUCUACGUGCACAGCAAGCUGAUGAUCGUGGACGACGACACGGUCAUCUGCGGCUCGGCCAACGUCAACGACAGGAGCAUGAUGGGCAACAGGGACUCCGAGGUCUGCAUGGUCGUGGAGGAUCUGGAGUUUGACGAGGGCGUGAUGAACGGCGAGGCGGUCAAGGUGGGCAAGUACGCGGGGGCCAUGCGCCGUCACCUGUUCAAGGAGCACUUGGGUCUGCUGGAGACGCCCAACGACGACGUGGACGUCAACGACCCGAUCAGCGACGCCUUCUAGGGCGUCUGGCUGAAGGCGUCCAGCAAGAACACGGACGUGUUCGAAAAGGUGUUCCGCUGCAUCCCGACCGACUCUGUCAAGAGCUUCGCCCAGCUGCAGACGUUCCAAGCGGAGGUGCCGCUGGUGCUGUCGUACCCGUCGCGCGCCAAGGAGAUGCUCAAGGACAUACGGGGUCACCUGGUGGACCUGCCGCUGGAGUUCCUGGAGUCGGAGGACCUCACCCCGGACCUGGGCACCAAGGAGGCGCUGGUGCCCACCUACAUGUGGACGUAGACGCGGCGCGAGGCAGGACCGCCCGCAGCGGUGGCGGCCGCCGUCGCCGUCAG